AGUUUCAGAUGAAUUUUCAUGUUAUUCUGUUUGCCACUUCCAUCAUCACAGUUUUAGUUUCGACCGCAAGUUGUGGAAAGAUAAAACGAGAGGUUCAUUCUUCCGGAUGCCCGAAGAAUUCCGUUUACAAGGAAUGCACAAACUUUUGCCCGGAUAAAAGUUGCCAAAACAUUCAAACGGUAUCAAGCUGCUUCUCUCUUCGAUGUGGACCACCGGCUUGCAUGUGUAAAGAAGGGCACGUUUAUUUGGAUGGAAAUGACAAAAACAAAGGAUGUGUGAGCAGAGAGACCUGCAAUAAAUUGAAUAAGCUCCGUGACGCCCAUGUUCUUUAAUUUUAUUUGCAAAAAAAAAAACAAUGAAGAUCAUAAAUUACUC